AUGUUAUCAAUUAGAAAUAAUAUUUAUUCGAUUUAUCGAUUCCAACGUGUAUUAUCUUUCUAUCAAAAAAAUAACAGAAUAUGUUCGAAUUCGUCAUCUAUACAAUUAAAUUCAAAAUUGAAGAAACUUUUUGAUUCUAAACAAUAUAAAGAAGCUCUUGAACUGUUCGAUCAAAAAUUUGAACAAUGUACAGAUUUUACAAUUAGUAUGGCAAUAAAAGCAUGUACUAUGUCAAAAGAUUACAACCGUGGUAUUAAAAUCGAACGAAACCUCUCAUCAAAUUCAAUUAAUAAUUCUUAUAUUCAAGCAUCAUUAAUUCAAUUUCAUAGUCUUAUCUCUAAUAACAUGCCCGAAAAAGUCCUUGACUUAUUCGACGAAAUCACAAUCGAAGCUAACAAGUAUACUGUCACUGUUUUAUUUAAUGCUUGUGCUGCACUUGCUAAUAAUCGAGCAAGGAAAAUUGGAAAAAAACUUCUUGAUAAAAUGCCCGAAAAUCUUCGAAAUGAUAAUAUUGUAUUAACUUCAGCAAUUCAUAUGUUAAUAAAAUUUGGUGAUAUUCAAAAUGCUGAAAAUCUUUUUCAAUCAAUUAAAAAGAAGGAUAUUAUUACUUAUGGUGCUAUGAUGAAAGGGUAUAUCGAAAAUCAAAUGUCUGAAAAGGCAUUGAAUGUAUUCAAACAAAUCAAUAUAGAAUUAGAUAACCGUACAUAUGCUAUUGUUUUUAAUGCCUGUGCUGAACUUGCUAAUGAUCGAGCAAUUAAAAUAGGAAAAAAGGUUCUUGGUGAAAUGCCUCGAAAUUUUCGAAAUGAUAAUGUUGUAUUAACUUCAGCGAUAAAUAUGUUAAUAAAAUUUGGUGAUAUUCAAAAUGCUGAAAAUCUUUUUCAAUCAAUAAAAAAGAAAGAUAUUAUUACUUAUGGUGCUAUGAUGAAAGGAUAUGUCAAGAAUCAAAUGUCAGAAAAAGCUUUGGAUUUAAUUGAACAAAUUGAAUUAAACUUAAAUAACGUUGCUUAUACUAUUGCUUUUAAUGCCUGUACUGAACUUGCCAAUGAUCGAGCAAUGAAAAUAGGGAAAAAACUUCUUGAUCAAAUGUCUGAAAAUCUUCGAAAUGAUAAUGUUGUAUUGAAUUCAGCAAUACAAAUGUUAAUAAAAUUUGGUGAUAUUCAAAAUGCUGAAAAUCUUUUUCAAUCAAUUAAAAAUAAAAAUAUUAUUACUUAUGGUGCUUUGAUGAAAGGAUAUGUCAAGAAACAAAUGUCAGAAAAAGCUUUGGAUUUAUUUCAACAAAUUGAAUUAGACUUAAAUAAUUAUGCUUGUACUAUCUCAAUUAAAAAGAAAGAUACUGGUACUUAUGGUGCAUUAAUGAAUGGUUAUAAUAUAAAUGGUUUAUCAAGGAAAUGCUUUAAAAUCUUAGAAGAAAUGUUUGAAGAAAAUAUUUCUCCCGAUGAGAUCAUAUGGAGUAUAGUUAUCAAUGCAUGUUCACGAUAUGGUUCGCUUUGUCGUUCUCAAUAUAUUAUUAAUCAGAUUCCUUCAGAAUUUCAGAAUAAAAAACAAAUACAAAAUUCAUUAAUUCGUAUGUGGGGUAAAUGUAGUUCAAUUGAAAAAGCAGAAAAUGUAUUCGAAUCAAUUGUUGAUCGUGAUGCAAUAACAUAUACUGCAAUGAUUAAUGCAUUUGGUCUCAAUGGAAUGGGUUCUGAAGCUAUUCAAUUAUAUAGAAAAAUGCCGAAUAAUCUACGUAAUGAAGUUUCACAUGUUUGUGUUUUAAAUGCAUGUUCUCAUUCGGGCCUUCUUCAAGAAGCUUGGAGUAUUUUUAAUGAUAUUCCUAUAAAAACAGAAAAAAUUUUUACUACUAUGGUUGAUUGUUUAAGUCGUUUAUUUCUAUUUGAUGAAGCAGAAAAUUUGAUCAAUGAAUAUGAAAAAACAAACAAACCAAGUUUAGUCAUGUAUAUGUCGUUAUUAUCCGGUGCACGUAAUAAUCGAAAUGAAAAUUUAUCUGAAAUGAUAUACAAUCGAAUGAAAUCUAUGUUUCCCAAUGAAAAAGACCAUCUUAUAUCAGGAGCAAUUCUUCUUGCAAAUAUAUAUUCAUCACUGGGAGAACAUGAAUUAGCAAAAACUUUUCGAUAUAAUCAAAUAAAAGAAUUAAAAACAAAUGAAUUCACCGCACAUGAUAAUUCUCAUCCAAAAUCGGCAAAAAUUUCUUCAGAACUUCAACGUUUAACAUCUGAAGCAAUUGCAGAUGGUUAUCAAUGUGAUCCUUCAUGGGUGACUCGUCCAUUAAAACAAGGAGAAACAAAUUUAUCUGUUCUCUGCGGUCACAGUGAAAGGAUCGCAAUUGCUUAUAAUUUCAUCGAAGAACCUGAUACGAAGUUCAUACAAAUUAUCAUGAAUCAAGACGUCGAUGAUGAAGAUCUUCAUUUAUUAUCUGAAAAUAAUUUAUCAUUAACAUCAACAUCAUAUACAAAUAAAACAUUUAUUCAAUAUUGCGAAUAUUCUGAUUGGUUGCAAUUUGAACAUCAAGAACAAAAUGAUGAAGAGGAUAUUGUUUUAUUUACUGAUAAAAUUGUUGCUUUAUAUAGUAUUCUAGCUAAACAUGUCAAUAUAGCUGUUUGUAUUCUAUUAGAAACGUUUACACAAUUUGAUGAACAACUUGAAAAAGAUAUAUUUGAUUUUGUUAUUCAACAAACCAUUCUUCAUAGACAAGAUUGGCCAUAUGAAGCCGAUGCUAAUUUACUUCGUUUAAUUUUAAAAAUUAUUGAUUUAGCUGAUCAUUUUUCAUGUGCAAUAUUAGCAAAUGUAAAACAUCUUUUUAAUCGUCUUUUAACAAUCAAAAGUAUUCCAGUUGUUCAACAAGUUUAUCAAACUAUUUUAGCUGAGAUGACAACGAAUUUGAAUAUACUUUUACAAGCACUUCAACAGAAAGCAAUUGUUAUUGGUAGUGAAACAUUAUCAUCUCCAACCACGAGUGAUUUAAAUAAAGAUGAUGCAGAAACAGCAUUGAUUUUUUAUUGUAGUGCAUUGUGUUAA